AUGCUUCUUCUCGACUACCAAAACGUGCUUAUCGAGUCCCUACUCAGGGAACGAAUCAAUGGAGGAGCUACCGCCAACAUUGACCAGGUCGUCUCCGACUUUGACGGUGUCACCUUCCACAUCUCGACACCGGAGAGCAAGACAAAGAUACUAGUGUCGUUGCACAUCAAGUGCUUUAAGGAGCUGGUCCAGUAUGGCGCGCAGGCAGUGCUGGAGCGAGAGUAUGGGCCUUACAUCGUGGAACCCGAGUCUGGCUACGACUUCUCGGUGCUGGUUGACUUGGAGAACCUACCGGAAGAGCAGGAGGCCAAAGAAGACCUGGUCCGACGUGUGUCCCUCCUAAAGCGGAACGCCAUGGCUGCGCCCUUCGAGCAGGCCUUUGACGAAUUCCAUGAAUUGCAGGAAGAAGCUUCCAAAUACACAUCGGAGUCGGCGCCGCAGGGUGUAGCAGAAGGAGGUGCCGUGCGCGCGAUCCACUACAGAGAGGAGGAGGCCAUCUACAUCAAGGCCAGCCACGACCGUGUCACCGUCAUCUUCUCCACUGUGUUCCGGGAAGAGACAGACAGGAUAUUCGGAAAGGUGUUCCUCCAGGAGUUCGUCGACGCCAGACGGAGAGCUAUUCAGAACGCACCACAAGUACUCUUCAGGAACGACCCACCCUUAGAGCUGCAAGGCAUCCCAGGAGUCGAUAACUCUGGCUCAGCUGAGAUCGGCUACAUCACAUUUGUGCUCUUCCCUCGCCAUCUUGCCAAGCAACGGCGUGAGGAUGUUAUCUCGCAUAUCCAAACUUUCCGAGACUACUUUCACUACCACAUCAAGGCUUCAAAGGCUUUCAUCCACACGAGGAUGCGCAAGCGGACUGCAGACUUCCUCCAAGGUAUUCUACAUCGUCCUACUUGUGUCAUGUUUGUACUGACAAAAUAUAGUUCUUCGCAGAGCCCGACCCGAGGCAGAGGAGAAGGAGCGCAAGACAGCCAGCGGUCGUACUUUCAAGGUUCAAGCAUAGACAAGGUCAAGCAGUUGUUUUCAAACAUGACCCCUCUUGCGCACUCACCCGCCAUGUCUGAAGGAACACGGCCCAAGUACGACAAUCUCCCAGGCAUUGACACCGCCCCGGACAUAUACGAGACGCCCGAACUCACCGAAGACGUGUCUACAAUACAAGCCUCCACCGCUGUUUCCGAAUCCGAUGGCGAAGGCGACGAUGACGACCCCAGGGACUCGGCAGUCCGUCACCAGCGGCUCCAGCCAGACCAAGCCCGCAGCCGCUUCCAGCCCUCACGAAUAGACGCCCGCGGGGUCGAUUUCUCGGACAACAUCACCGCACAACGCCAAUCCUACCGCACAUCGACACAGCGCCAGCGACGGCGAGGCGAGAUAAUAGGAGAUGAUAGCGACGAAGAAGAGGAAAGCUUUGCAAAGAAGCUGCUGCGGAUCAAGAGGGAGCUAGCUGGGCUGGAAGAGGAGUACGAGCGCGGGGUGCAGAGCGGGGACAAGUCGAAGAUCGAGGAGCAAGACCCCAAGGAGAUGAUGGAGUUGAUAGCGAGCAAAGUCGACACGAUAUACACAGCACACAAGGGCGGUGCUCGGGGUGCACAGGCGAUACUGGAUCGGACGGUACAAAAGUUUGAGAGCUACAAGCCCUUUGAACCCAGCCCCAAGAUCAGCGAUGCCAUUGCAAAGAAGCCGCCACUACCUGGCACCCAGAUACAAAAGAGCCAACUGGAGUUUGUGCUGAACCAAGCGGCCGAGUUUGACAAGCGAAUCACUCAGAUGGAAAACAACUUGGGCCUAAACGGAAACACAAUGCCGGAUCUAAGCGACCAUACGCCUUUCCCCGUCGCCACUACCCUGACGAGGUUGGAACAGACGCUCAGCUUGAUUGGAGACGCCUCUGCCAACAAUAUGGAUGCUGUUACGCAGAACGUCAAGAAGCUCACAGCAGAAGCGGAGCAUCUGAAGGAGGUCCGACAGGAAGCUGCACAAGCUGGUUCGACUUCUGGCGACAACAAGGCUCCCAUAUAUCCAGACCAGGAUGCCAAGAUCAAUGCGCUAUAUGGCACCCUGCCUUCUGUCGACAAGCUAUCGCCCAUUCUGCCUUUGGUCCUAGAGCGUCUGCGCACACUGCGACUCGUGCAUACAAGCGCUUGGCAAGCCGAUACAGUGUUAACAGAGCUAGAGAGCAGGCAGUCGACGCAAGAACAAGAAAUCAAAAAGUGGGAGCGCCAACUUGAGGUUCUGGAGAAGAAGAUGAAGACGGCCGAAACGGCCAUGGUCAACAACGUCAAGACUGUUGGGAAUGAUGUCAAGAUGCUGGAGGAGAAGAUGGCUAGGCUGCUUGCAGGAGGCCACGAGGAGUAA